AUGCCUAUCGAUCGUUCUCUCGGCCGCAAUGUGCACUUUUACGAUGCUUCAAAGCCCGGCGUCGCAUUGGGCGGACUCAUCCAGAAUGGGUCGGUCACGGAAACGAAUUUUCUCAACAUGAUUGAGAUCCUACUCAUCACGGAGGCUCCUCUACGCGUUCAAGAAACAACUUCAGGCCAUGUCGUCGCGACAACGAACAACCCGCUGCAACCAGGAGAGUAUGAUGUUUAUUGCGACAGUCGUAUUGAGCUCAGUGAUGAGCCAUGGGUGCAUCGCCUCAUUACACACAGCGUCUCUGGGCGGGAAGAUGCUUUUCGGCACUAUUCGAUAUCUGGAGUGGUUUUGAAGCGGCUCAUAUCUUUCCUCUUGAGAGUGAAAGUUGGUGGAAUGAAUAAUUACGGGAAAUGGGUCAGGGAUGUCACUCCUGGGGUGACGAAAAUCAACUCGCAUCAGAAUGGCUUUCUCCUUCAGGCCAGCAUCCACAGUGAUUUCGAUAACUACCUCGUUUCGGUGAACCCGAAUGACAACUACAGGAUCGUUGUGUUCAGUUUUGAUGUGUUUGGUAUAGACGGAAGAACGCUCGAUUCUGUUUGUCGUGAUCCUGCAAAUCCGCACCGUGUGUCCGACCAACUUCUCAGGUGGCAUUUCUGUCAGUCGGUGCUCGCAAAUAUGAGAGGUGCAGGAGAACCGAUUUUCGAACAUGAUUUCACAGGAGAGGAUAUGAUUGGGGCGAUUAGCCAGGAACCGUACGGGAGGGAAAGGUUGGAGAUGGAAGUUGCGGCUAGAUUGAGAGGGUUUGAAGCGGUUUUGUAA